AUGUUGGCGGAGUUACAGAUUGAAUACUCAGGAGGUGUUGUGCCAAAAGAAGAAAGCGUUGAAAAAGAAGCUCCAGUGAAUGAAGAAGUAGAAGAUAAAAAGAAGAAGAAGAAAAAGAAGAAGACGGAGAAGGAUGUUGACGAGGAAAAGAUUGAAGAAACAAAAGAUGAGGGUGAUGGUGAUAAUUUUGAAGGCGGCACUGUUAAGACUGCUGCUCAGAAGAAAAAAGAGAAGAAAGAAAGGGAGAAACAAAAGAAAUCAGAAGCUAAGAAAAAGGAAUUUACCGAGAAGAAAGAUGUUGAUGAGGCACCUGAGGUUGAGGAGGACCAUCCACCUGCACCUGUAGAGCAGAGGGAGGACAAGGCUGAAAGGUAA